ACAAAUAAAAAUGGUGGUUCAAUAGAUUAGAUUUCCCUGAAACAUGAAUAUUUUUAUUGAAAUAGCAUAGUACAAACACAAAAUUAUUUAAAAAGUGGAACUUGUUUCUCCAGCUUUGUGAUCUCAACUCCAAAGCUGGUGCGUUUACUUGGUGCAUCGGCGGUAGCUGAGUUUGAUAAAAUAACAGGUUGUUGAAGACGGACACCGAUUUCGCUACAGUUUUGUGUAAUGUGUUUUUUAUACGAAAAAGCAGUUCAUUUACCGCAAAUGUAACCCAUUGCUCGUGGCCGAGCAGAGUUUUGGUGUAUAAAAUAAACUAAACACGAAAGCUUUAUUUAUUUCAGUCGAAGCUUUGCUGUCUAAUCAGCAUGUGACCCAAAUAUGAGAUUUCUCUUCUUUGUGUAAAAGUGUUGAAUUAGAUAACUGGUGAGUUGAAGCGAUAAUAUUCUGGUGACAAUUUUCCGUAUUUAUUAUCUGUAAAGAGACGACGUUAUUGGAACAUGUCACGGUUGAAUUCAACCUGCUUGCUACAUGGGGGGUCAGGUGCAUAAGCCUGAGCACACGUUUAAUAGACUCAAGAAGAUUACUUUUUACACUGACGAAUAUUUGAAUGUGUCCUCAUUCGUUGGGUUACAUUAUAAAGGAGUGUUUUUAUUGACAACCUGCACUGCAGUGCUGGAAGGUAUUAUCAGGAAUAUGUUCAGAAGGUUGAUGAGAAAUCCGGUUGUGAAGCCGAUAAUAAGACUAAAGGAUGAGGAUGAAAUAAGUGCUUUUUGAUUUGUUGCUAAUCAAGGAAUAUAAAAAUGUCAUACAAUGGCUAAUACUGAAAAUCACAGAUACAUAGUACAGGUGUUUGUGGGUGCCCUGUCUGCACAAUAUGAAGCCCUAUCAGUUGAAGCCUCUAAACAAACCAGCUCAGAAGAGAUAGUUGGUUGUAUUGCUGAUAAACUCAACUUGAGCAAUGGAACUGGAGGCCCAUAUGAAUUGGCUGAGGUUGUGGGUGACAUGGUUAGCGGCGAAUGUAAGGAGCGUCGACUCGGACCCAACGAAUCUCCUGUUGCAGUCAUGCUGCUCUGGCCUAACAACAACUCAGGCCAGUACUACAGAUUUUAUCUUCGUGAAAAAAUACCAGAGGAACCAUGGAUGGAGAACUUUUCAGUGGACCCUCAGCUGAUAAAAGACUUUUUUCAAAGGUUUCUAUAUCAGCCUAAAGAUCGAGAGUAUCCUGAUCUUUGUCAACUGCCAGAGCUCAAUGAACAAACCCUGCUGGACAAUCUUAGAGCGAGGUUUGCAGCGGGAUAUAUCUACACAUAUGUGGGCUCCAUCUUAAUAGCUCUCAAUCCGUUUAAGUUCUAUCCCAUUUACAAUCCCAAGUAUGUGAAGUUGUACCAGAACAAAAGGAUUGGAUCCAGUCUUCCACCUCACAUAUUCGCAGUUGCUGACGCCGCUUACCAUUGUAUGUUAUCGCGGACUGGGUGUAGUGUUGUGCCAGGUGUGGACGAACAGUAUGAGUUCUCGCGGCUCAAGCAAUCAAUGGACAUGGUGGGUUUCACUAUGGACAAGCGGCGGAGGUUGUUUGCUGUGUUAUCUGCCGUUCUGCUACUAGGGAAUGUAGAAUUUCAACCACAGAGGAAAUCAUAUCACCAUGAUGAAGCUGUUGGAGUACGGAACCCCGAAGUAGUCUCCCUCAUAUCAUCACUGCUGCAUGUUAAACAAGAGACUCUGCUCGCUGCGCUUACUUCUAAAAGAGCGCGUGCCUCCGGUGAAACACUUGUUAUUAAUUACAGGCUUCCAGAAGCGAUCGCCACACGUGACGCUAUGGCCAAAUGUCUUUAUGGUGCUUUAUUCGAUUGGAUCGUCAUGCAAGUGAACCACGCGCUGCUCUCUAAAAAAGAUACACUCAGAGAACACCAAGGACAUAGUAUAGGCGUCCUCGAUAUAUUCGGAUUUGAAGAUUUCGGACCGAACAAUAGUUUCGAGCAGCUGUGCAUAAACUACGCGAACGAACAUCUCCAGUACUAUUUCAAUCAGCACGUGUUCAAGUACGAACAGGAGGAGUACCGGCGCGAAGGCAUCCGCUGGACGGACAUUGGUUUCUCUGAUAACACCGGAUGUCUACAUCUAAUACAGGGAAAACCCGGCGGUCUACUCUGUCUCCUCGACGAUCAGUGCAAUUUUCCUUGGGCCACCAAUGAGACCUUACUACAAAAGUUUAACUCUGUCCAUGAAGACAACCCUUUUUAUGAAAAGCCGCAAAGGCGAGAGCCGGCCUUUGUAGUACGGCACUACGCGGGCAGAGUUAAAUACCAAGUGACGGCGAUGCGUGAGAAGAAUUUGGACCUUAUGCGGCAGGACAUAGUGAGUGUUCUCAAAAACUCGUCGCUGGCGUUCGUUCGUGAACUAGUCGGUGUCGAUCCCGUCGCUGUGUUCCGUUGGGCCAUCGUGCGCGCAUUUUUUAGGGGUUAUUUCGCGUUUCUGGACGCGGGUCGGCGGCACCGCGUUAGUCGAGCCGACGGCGCUGCGAGAUUACCGAGAGCAUCCAUACAUGCUCCGAACGAUUCCAUCAUCAGAACGCCGAACAAGACAGCGAACAAAACGCGCGAGACAUCCGCGCGAACAUCGAACGAUAGUAAGCAGCGGUCGGAAGUGUCCUCGCGCGUGGACACCAAGGGGGGGAAACAUUACAGGAGCGCCGAGACGCGAGUGCGACGACCGGAUCGCGACCGCGACCGCGACGAGCGACUCGACGACGCCGCCAUCAUGCAACGAGCGAGCCAGAUCGUCAUGAAAAACAAAUCGUUCCGUCCUCGUGAGCGAGCGAAGAAAGGUCUGAAGAAUCUGCAGAGCGUGAAAACGCUAGCGGGUCGCACGGCCGCUCCUACCGGCAAACGGAAACAACCGCUCACUGUGGCCGCUCAGUUCCAACAUUCGCUUGCCGCGCUCAUGGAGACACUCAAUCAAGCCAAUCCAUUUUUCAUACGGUGCAUAAAAUCUAAUAGCGACAAGAUUCCCAAUGUAUUUGACGAGGAGACAGUGCAAAGACAGUUACGAUACACGGGAAUGUUGGAGACCGUCCGCAUCCGGCAAGCGGGUUACAAUGUCCGGCUCACGUACGAGGAGUUCAUACAGCUCUAUAGGAUAUUAUUACCUAAAGGGCUGCUUAGCUCACAGACAGAUGUACGUCACUUUCUAGCCACAUUGAAUCUGGACCGGGACAACUAUCAACUAGGUGCUACUAAGAUCUUUAUGCGUGAAAGCGAACAAACGAAGUUGGAGUACCGACUCCACCAGCAGAUAAUGGCGUCUAUCAUCACCAUCCAGCGUUGGUUUCGAGCUGUUCUCGAGCGUCGGAGGUUUUUGGCGCUGCGUCGCGCCUCACUCGUCAUACAGUCUUACUGCCGGCAAUGGCUAGUGAUACGGUACGAGGCAGCGGUAAAGCUUCAGGCGUGGUUCCGCGGCAACCGAGUGCGGCAGUGGUACCAGCAGUUGAAGCGUGGCGCGAUCGCCUUCCAGGCUGCAGCACGAGGCUUCCUAUUACGACGAACGUUGCCUUCGUUACGUGGUCGACUGCCGCAUACCAAGCAAAAAGAUCAUGAAAGUAAGCCGUCGUACAGGCCUAAAGUCGGCAACGAAAUGGAGGCAGACGUGUUGAGUCUGGAACAAAUCAAGAGCAUCAUUGGUUUGCAUGUACGGGACUUAGAUUUACACAAUUUAGACAAAACAAGACAACUGAGGCCGACGCAAUCGCUACCUAUAUCAAGUUUGGAGAAAAAAGUCGAAAAUAUUCUAUUAGAAAUUACGGAUAAGGAUUCCUAUGGCAAAAGAAAACUUUACAAAACACCAAACGUAAACGAAUUAAUGUUAAAGCAAUCCAGUUCGAGUAUCAGCCAACAAGAGACGAGUGAAUCUCCCACCGCAGACAUCUGGUGUAACACCAACAAAUAUCCACAGAGCGGUAUCGCAUUGCCGAAAAAAAUUACCGCCGAAGACCUCGCAAACGAAUGGCUCUGGCUGAGGAUUGACCAAAGCUAUCUUCAGGAGAAAAACAAAAUACGAGAAAGAUGUUUGGAAGAUUUAGUUGAAUCAAUAUCUGGCGAAGAGUAUCUAAAAGAUUUAUCUACAAGCCUAGGAAGGUGGAGUCCGACUGAAAACAACUCGGACAGCAACAAGAGUAAUAGUGAUUCAAGACGUAGUUCUCCAGCAGUGUACACACGCAGCGUAUCUAGCAGUACACUGGAGGCGCCACGAGCGCUGCACAGUUUACCGCCAGUACGACGCGCUCGACACCACGAGGCCAACGCGACACCUGACACGGAUACCGCGUGUUCGACGGCGGCGCGGUCUGUGGAGGCGGCGCCGGCGCCCCCGGUGCGUGCGGCGCGUCGGUCGCCGCGGCGGGCGCUCCGCCCCGAACCAGACAACGUUGAUGCCUCCGUCCCCCACCGAAACACCAACAGCGACAAUCACGCCCCCAACGAACAUCUCGACAUUAAACGUGCCGCGUCCGAAGUGAUGUCCCCGCUGACGGAGGGCGGGGUGGCGACCGGUGGGGGCGGGGGAGCGCUGCGGCGCCGCAACUCUGACCCCGCCCCCGGGGACCCACGCCCCCCCGACCCGCGCUCUACAGACUACAUCGGGCAGACCGGCAACGGGCUGUUCCGCAUCGCCGGACACAGGUUUCGAAAAGGCACUCGGUUCGCCAAAGACGAAAAGUGCGUGUACUGCCAUAAGGCGAUCGAUGCGUUCGUGACGCAAGGCCAACGUUGUAUAGACUGCAAACAGCUUUACCACACCAAGUGUAUACAGAACAAGGGCGUCAUCACCAUGCCCUGCACCAGUCCCGUCACAGUGUCGAGAGGACGGCACAAGAACAGAAAACGGAUCAUACUCAACAAGGACAAUCAGUGCAUGUUACCGGAACAAGCGAAAGGCUCCGUCAGUUCCAACUUUAAUCUCACAGGCACGUCAGAGUUCAUAGACCGAACUGAUAAGAUCAUAUCGGACGCUACAGAGUUGCAAGCGAUGCAGCAUUUCAUCACAAAGAAGAUUUAUCAAAUGGAGUCGUCGGAUGAGAAAAAACAAUCGGAAGUGGACAGGGUAUUCAAACAUGCACUUCGAGAGUUCAAAGACAACCUGGUGGCUACAUACAGUGUGGUCGAGACGCGAGGCUCCGCCCUUAAGUACAAAGACCUUAUAAGCAACUUUUUGCACGUGAUGGAAACAGUGUGUGCCCGCGAGGGGUCCACUUUAUCCAUCACUAUGGGUGUUAACGCGUUCCGUGGAUUCAUGGACGAGUUCAUGAGCCAACUAGAUACCGACAAGGCACGCACCAAACGGAAAAAGGACAAAAAACGAAAGGUGGACGAUCCUAUUCAAUAUAAGGGUCAUAUGUUUAUAUUAUCGAUGAUCAACAUCCCAACCGAGUGCGAGAUCUGCAAAACAUUCUUCAUGUGGCCAAUUGAACGUUCGCUUAUAUGUCAAACGUGUAAGCUUGCGUCGCAUAAAAAGUGUUAUAUGAAGAUUACGACACAAUGUAGGAAAGACUCUGUUACGCGAUCCGCAGCUAUAGUAGGUGUAUUGGACGCGGGAGGUCGGGAACAGUUCGGCAUAGUAAAGAGAGGAAAGGUAUUUGGAGUACCGCUGAGUGAGUUACCGACAGGAGAGAGCAAUAUACCCAUAGUUGUUGAUCGACUUAUAACGACGAUAGAAAUGACCGGUCUCUAUACUGAAGGAUUAUACAGAAAAAGUGGACUCAGUUCUAAGGUGCGUGAGCUACGUCGCGUGUUGGACGAACGACCCGAGGAAGGCGUAGAGCGACUGGAGCUGUACCCGGUGCACGUGCGGGCGUCAGUACUCAAGGGUUUCUUCAGAGAUCUGCCCGAGCCCCUACUCACGUUCGAUCUCUACGACGACUUCAUACUUGCCGCUGAAAUAACUGACCCACAGGAACGAGUAUCGAGUAUAUUUGCAAUAUUGAAGAAAUUACCGAAGCCUAAUUUUGAUCUAGUAGAAAGAUUAAUAUUUCAUUUAGCAAGAGUUGCACUUGUAGAAGACCGUAACAGAAUAUGUAAUACAUCAUUCAAAUUGAAAGUAAUAUUGUUUGUUCAUACAACGCUGGCGCUGGUAACAAACAAGCAAUGAUAGUUAAAUGAUUAAAUAAAUGUAUAUUAAAGAAAGUCAGGCUGUCAGAUCAAUGGGUAUUGGUCUGUCUAAUCCUAGAACAAAAUGGAACAAACACUUGAUCAUUUACGCGUUAGCUAUGACUCGAACCGGGGACUUUAAAUAUGACGACACCUCGAAACCGGCGUGUGAACUCGCUCAGGGUAACUUAACUAAACUGAAGGGUCUAGCCCUCAAUUCUGCUAAUGUUUACGUAAACUCAAUGGAGUCUCAACUACUUGCAUAUUACCAUUGUCUAUCUGAAGUCCAAUAUUAUUAGUGCAUUCCUUCUCACAAAUUAACGGUGACAGAUGUAUUUAUUAUUUCGUAAUCUAGUAACAAGAACUGUGUCAUAAAGGGUUGUAGUUGAAGCGCUAUUGACUUUCUAUGAUUAUGUUAACAUGACAAAAUUUUCCUACUGAACUGAAGUAUGUAACGCUUGUUAACAGAAUGGGUCCGAACGCUUUGGCGAUAGUGUUCGCGCCGUGUAUAUUGCGCACGCAUAAGGUUCAGCCCGCGCAGGAUUCGUUGCACGACAUCGCGCGACAGACCGCCUGUCUAGAGGCGAUACUAGUCGACAAGAUGCGCACGAUCCGAGGCAUGUUGCAAGAUAUCGCUGAGCUGGAGAGCGCCUGUCACACCGCCAACAAUCGUCUGUCCUCAUUACGCAGCACAUCUCGACAGCCGCGCCCCGAGGAACAGAUACUGGUGGGCCACAUACACGAGAUACAGAAGGAACAGGCGAUACUCACCUCCAACCUGCCCACGCUCAUCAGGGCGACAUCCGACGACGAUCUGUUAUCGACGACGGAUCACGACGGUGAGUUUGGCAGCACAGAUGAUCUUAGCGCGGGCGCCGCCUCACUCCGCUCACAGAGGUUGCUGCAUCGACAACUCUCCUCGGACGAUCCCAUCAUGGUCUAACAUCGACACAAUACAUAUCUAUUGUAAAACCCAACUGACAUGGCGUGUCGUGAACUUAGUUUAGCUCUACCAGUCCUACCAAUUCCGACGAUGACGGAACUUAUAUGGCUUAUUUUAAUUACCACAAAAUUUAACAUAUAAUUUAUUUAGUUUCCGUUAUCGCAAUUAAAUAAGGUCAGACGCACGAAUCGCUGGAUGGCAUCCCGCACGAAUCAUUCUUAUUGGCCGAUAUUUGCAGUUUUUCGAAAUUUAGCCUUCUGCGCAGGUACAUCAGCAGGCCAUGUUAAUUGAGUUUUAUUGUACGAAGGCAUAGCUAUCGCUGUAUAUAUAAGGGACCUUCAGGAUACAGAGAUUGCUGUUAUGUGUACGUAA